AUGAAUAAAAGACAUUAUUCGUCAUCAUCAUCACCAUUAUCAUCAUUCAUUGAAUUAGUUUUUUUGGUUUGACAACACAGAAUAAUAGAAUUGGAUCUGGUUUUUUUCACAUAAACACAAAUAUUCCUAUUUUGAAUCAUCAUUCCUAUUAUUGAAACAGCCACACACACACACACAGUCAUAUACAUAUUUCAUCUGAAUAAUAGAAACAAAAACGUCACACAGAAUCCAAAAAUGCCUCCAUAUCAAUUGCUGAAUCCACAUUUUUCCAAUGAAUUGUUAUUCAAACGGUUGUUAUCACGCCAAAUACGAUCAUCUGUCGAUCAUCAUAAUGAUAAUGUAGCUAAAGCUGCAAAUAAUGGUGGCGAACUUGAAUUCGUUCCAGGCAUCGAAUUCCAUAAGCCUACCGUUGAAUUGGCUCGACAAUUAGGUGACAUUAACGGUACGACUGGUGGUGGUGGUGGUGCCGAAUCAUAUUCUCGUGGCCAGGAUGAAACAGUCAAUGAUUUUACUACAACCGUACGUAGUGUAAUCAAUUCAACCAUCAAAAAUAUGGCUAAAGGCACAAAAGUUGAAUCAAUGAAAGAAUCGACCAGCUUUUUUGAUGAAGUGGAAAAACCAGUGGAAAAUAUGGUGAAAACUGUGGCCAAAAAAACAAGCCUUCCAUUCUGGGUUGUAUUUUUAAUCUUUCUAGUAAUAAUGGGCAUUUUAGCCAUGGUUUUCUUUUGCUGUCUACAAAGAUGGUGGCGAAAAUUUCGUGGAAAAGAAGCAAAAGGUGGAUUUAUGGGCGGUAAAGUUGAUUUGAAAUCUGUUCAAUUACUUGGUCAAACAUAUAAAGAAAAAGUUCAACCUGAAAUGGAAGAAUUGACUAAAGAUAUGGAACAAAAUGAAGCUGGUAAAGAUGAUGCUAAAGAAGAGGUCAAAUUAGGUCGAUUACAAUUCAAAAUUGAUUAUGAUUUCAAUCAAUCUAAUUUGGCAGUUACCGUUUUACAGGCUGAAGAAUUACCUGGUCUUGACAUGUCUGGAACCAGUGAUCCAUAUGUUAAGGUCUAUCUACUUCCAGAUAAGAAAAAGAAAUUUGAAACAAAAGUACAUCGUAAAACAUUGAAUCCAGUAUUCAAUGAAACAUUUAAUUUUAAAGUUCCAUAUGCUGAAAUAACAACAAAAACAUUGGUUUUUGCAGUAUACGAUUUUGACAGAUUCUCGAAACAUGAUCAAAUUGGUGAAGUUAAAAUUCCAUUGAAUCAAAUUGAUUUGGCACAGACUAUUGAAGAAUGGCGUGAUUUAACCAGUGUUGAAGAUGCACAAGGACAGGAAAACAAGUUGGGAGAUAUUUGUUUUUCAUUACGUUAUGUACCGACUGCUGGUAAGCUCACUGUCGUUGUCCUUGAAGCCAAAAAUCUUAAAAAAAUGGAUGUCGGUGGCCUCAGUGAUCCAUACGUAAAAAUUGCCUUGAUGCAAAAUGGAAAACGAUUGAAAAAGAAGAAAACAUCAAUCAAGAAAUGUACAUUGAAUCCAUAUUAUAAUGAAUCAUUUACAUUUGAAAUUCCAUUUGAGCAAAUACAAAAAGUGCAGUUGGUUGUUACUGUUGUUGAUUAUGAUCGUAUCGGUACAUCUGAACCAAUUGGAAAGGUUGUACUUGGCUGCAAUGCAUCUGGUACGGAAUUAAGACAUUGGAUGGAUAUGCUUGCAUCACCACGAAGACCAAUAGCUCAAUGGCAUUCAUUGAAAGAUCCUGAUGAUGGUGGUGGUAAAGAUAAUUGAGAAGAAUUUGAUACAAUGAUUAUUUGCAAAAUGAAAAUCAUGGAUUAUUUUCAUUCAUCAUCAUCAUCAUCAUCAUUGUCAACAUUUCGAUCAUUAUCUGUUUGAUUUGAAAAACAAACUAUAACUGUGACCACCGUUAUUGAAUCGCGUUCGCUUAUCAUCAUUAUCAUUAUUUGGAAAAAAAAGAAAAAAAAAUUGUGCUGAAAAAAUUCUUGAUUUGCAUUAUAAUC